AUGUCAGAAAUAUCAUUUAAAGAUAAGGUGGUUGUCGUUACCGGAGCCGGUGGUGGUCUCGGUAAGCACUACUGUUUGGAAUACGCAAAGAGAGGCGCCAAGGUUGUUGUCAACGAUUUAGGUGGAUCCCUUAAAGGAGAUGGUGGCAACUCAAGCGCCGCCGACGAUGUUGUUGAUGAAAUCAAAAAGGCCGGUGGAAUUGCUGUCGCUGAUUACAAUAACGUGUUAGACGGGGCCAAGAUCGUUGAAACCGCCGUCAAGAACUUCGGUACUGUGCAUAUCAUUGUUAACAAUGCUGGUAUCUUGAGAGAUGCCUCUUUCAAGAAGAUGCAAGAAAAGGAUUUCAAGUUGGUAGUUGACGUGCAUCUUAAUGGUGCCUACAAGGUUACCCAUGCUGCAUGGCCAUACUUCAGAAAACAACAGUACGGUAGAGUUCUCAACACUGCUUCUCCAGCUGGUUUGUAUGGUAACUUUGGUCAAACCAAUUACUCUGCUGCUAAGUUAGGAUUGGCCUCUUUUGCUGAAACUUUAGCUAAGGAAGGUGAAAAAUACAACAUUAAGGCUAAUACCAUUGCACCACUUGCUAGAUCGAGAAUGACCGAAUCGAUCUUACCACCACCAAUUUUGGAACAAUUAUCACCUGCCAAGGUUGCUCCAUUAGUGUUAUACUUGACCAGUGAUGAUAACGAAUUGAGUGGUCAAAUCUUUGAAGUGGCUGCUGGAUUUUACGGCCAAAUCAGAUGGGAAAGAUCUGGUGGUAUCCUCUUCAAGCCAGAUGAAACAUUCACUGCUGAAGCUGUUGCCAAAAGAUUCGAAGAAAUCGUGAAUUUCGAUGAUUCAAAGAAACCAGAAUUAUUAAAGAACCAACAUCCAUUUAUGUUGAAUGACUACAAGUCAUUGAUUACUGCUGCAAAAGAAUUGCCACCUAAUGACUUAUCUGGCGCUCCAAAGGUAUCCUUGAAGGGUAAAGUUGUCUUAAUUACCGGUGCUGGUGCUGGUUUAGGUAGAGACUAUGCCUUAUGGUUCGCUAAAUAUGGUGCCAAGGUCGUUGUAAACGAUUUCAAGGAUCCAUCUAAAGUUGUAGACGAAAUUAUCAAGAAUGGUGGUGAAGCCCACGGUGAUAAACAUGAUGUUGCUUCAGACUCGCAAGCAAUUAUUGAUAAUGUAAUUAACAAGUAUGGUACCAUUGAUGUUUUAGUCAAUAACGCUGGUGUUUUAAGAGACAAAUCUUUCGCCAAGAUGAGCGAUGCUGACUGGGAAAUUGUCCAGAAGGUUCACUUAUUCGGUACCUUCAACUUGGCCAGAUUAGCAUGGCCACACUUUUUGGAGAAGAAGGCUGGUAGAAUUGUGAAUAUUACUUCAACAUCUGGUAUCUACGGUAACUUCGGUCAAGCUAACUACGCUUCUGCUAAGGCUGCCAUUAUUGGUCUUUCUAGAACCCUUGCCAUUGAAGGUGCCAAGAGCAAUAUUAAGGUCAAUGUUGUUGCUCCACAUGCCGAAACUGCUAUGACUUUAACUAUCUUCAAUGAGGAUGACAAAAACUUGUACCACCCAGAUCAGGUUGCUCCAUUAUUAGUCUACUUAGCUUCUGAUGAUGUUCCUGUAACUGGUGAAUUAUUCGAAGUCGGUGGUGGCUGGAUUGGUAACACCAGAUGGCAGAGAGCUAAGGGUGCUGUCUCAAAGGACGAAAACACUACCCCUGAAUUCGUUAGAGACCACAUUAAAGAUGUUGUCGAUUUCUCAACCGGUACUUUCAACCCAAGGACAACCCAGGAUUCAUCUAUGGCCAUCCUUAGUGCUGUUGGUGAUGACGAUGAAGACGAAGAUGAUGAUGAUGAUGAUGAUGAUGAAGAUGAAGAUGAAGAUCCAAAUGAUAGUGUCCACUCUUACAAUGAUAGAGACGUCAUUUUAUACAAUCUUGGUGUUGGCGCUAACUCUCAUGAAUUGAAAUACGUUUAUGAAAAUGACUCUGAUUUCCAAGUUGUUCCAACAUAUGGGCAUAUUGUUACUUUCUUGUCAGGUAGAGGCGCACACUCUUAUGCCAAGUUAUUAGAGGGUUUCAAUCCAAUGUUUUUGUUACAUGGUGAACAUUAUCUUAAGCUUGAUAAGUUCCCAGUCCCAACUGAGGCUACUUUGAAAACUGAAUUCAAGCCAUUAUCUGUUACCCAAAAGGGUUCUAAUGCUAUUGUCGUUCAAGAGCUGGUUUCAGUUGAUGUAAAUACCGGAGAAACUCUUUUCACAAAUGAAGCAACUUACUUCAUUAGAAAGUGUAAAGGUGAAACUAAGGUCUAUGGUGAUAGAAGAUCAUUUGCUGUUAAUCAAUUCAAUGCUCCAAAAUCUUCUCCAGACUUUAGUAUUGAAGUUAAGACCAGUGAACAUCAAGCAGCAUUAUACAGAUUAAGUGGUGACAGGAAUCCAUUACAUCUUGAUCCAGAAUUUGCAAAGGGUGCUAACUUUGAUAGACCAAUCUUACAUGGUAUGUGUACUUUAGGUGUUUCUGCUAAGGCCUUGUUAGAUAAGUUUGGUCCAUUCAAUGAAAUUAAGGGUAGAUUUACUGGUAUUGUUUUCCCAGGUGAAACUCUUAAGGUUCUUGCUUGGAAGCAAGGUGAUACUGUUAUCUUCCAAGUUCACGUUGUCGAAAGAAAGACCAUUGCAAUGAACAAUGCUGCUAUUAAGUUGGUUACUGACAAGGCUAAGAUUUAA